AUGAUUGAUGAAAUAAGCUUGUUCAAGGAGGGUUUCUUUAAAGAUGAAGCCAUUUCUGAAAAGAAAGUCAUUAAAAUUAAUUUAAAUCACCUCCAGUUUUAUUAAAAAAAGCGAAAAUAAAUACAAUUAAAAUUGUUGUUACUAUUAAUAAUAAAAAUAAUUAUUUUACAAUAUAAUAGAAUUAAAAAAAAAAUGGCAAAUUCAAAUAUGUUACAUAAAUAGAUAGAAUCUUCCAUAAAAGGAUUAGAAAUGGAUUUAGAUGUAUUAAAUUAAUAUCAAAAUCAUUUUAGUCGAUAUUUGAUAAUAUUAGCAAUUUCAUCGAUCAAUAAUUCAUUAUGGAUUCUCCAAUUAAGUUAUGCAAUCCUAAAAAUGAGUUAAGUUGGCCAAAAAUUUUUAAAUUCCAUUUAAUUGAAUCAGAGUUUUAAUUAAUGAUGCUUUAAAUUGUAAAACCAUUGAUCAAUUACAAAAUCAAAGAUCAACUUCAUUACUAAUUACAAUCAGAUGAACCACAUUUAAAAAAAUCAAAAUAAACAGAAUUUACAUAAAAAUAGGAAUUAACUCUGGUUCAAUCACCAUCUUCUUAAUUGAUUUAAAAACCAUUAACUUAUUAAAUUAUUAACAAUAAUUCUUUUCAGGAAUAGAAACAUUGUCGUGUAAUAGCUGCCAAUAAAGAUUGCUCAAUAGUAGCAUUUAGUUGUUAUAGUCAAAUAAUAAUAAAUGAAUUCAACUAAGGAAUGAUGAAAGAAAUUCAAGUCCUAAAUGAACAUAGAGAUUAUAUAUAUACACUGAAUUUUAUGAAAAAAUCAGAUCAGCUUAUAUCUGGAGAUAAUGGCGGAUCUAUUAUAAUUUGGGGUAUAUCAAAUGAUAAUUUAUGGUAUUCCUCAUAACUAAUUAAAGGACAUAACAACUAUAUUAUGUGUUUAUUAAUGAAUAAUUAGGAAGAUCUUAUUAUAUCGAGUAGUGGUGAUAAUAUUAUUAAAUUUUGGAUUAACUAAGGUGAAUGGAUUUUUCAAUAAUCAAUCACUAAUCAUACUGAUUCCGUUAAUUAAAUAAGUUUAAACGACCAGCAAGAUAAAAUUGUUUCUUGUGGAUAUGAUAAUACUAUUUUAGUUAUUGAAUAUAAUCACUAAAAUAAUAGGUGGAUUGUAAUAUAAAAUAUAAAUGUUGAUUGUUUAGGAUUUCGUAUAUGUUUUAUCAAUAAUGAUCUAUUUUCAUUUCAACCUUAUCAAGGAAAUUUGAUAGAUUUCUAUGAAUUGAAAAGUGAAACUAAAAAGUUUACUAAAUCUAAGACAUUGAUUGUAAAUGAAGGGAAUGAUGGCUGGUAAUUGUUUCCAUAAUAAUAUAUUAAAGAAAAAUAGCUAUUAGUUAGUAAGCAUGACAAAUUUGUAAAUUUUAUUACAAAGUCAUAAAAUAAUAUCUUUUAUGUAGAAUAAUCUAUACAAUUUAAUACAAAUUGUACAUUUGGAUUGUUAAGUAAUGAUGGAGAGUAUUUUAUAAUAUGGGAUGAUUAAUCUCAAUAAAUUUAAAUAAGGCAAUAUGGAAAAAAAUGA